UAAAGUGCAACUGAGGAAGGUAGAAUUAGGAUGAAAAUGCAAUUGACAGCCAGUCCGGACGAUUGACCCAAGCAACAGCUGGUGGCUUUUCGAAGGCGCGUAGGGCGAAGGAGAGACUCACCCGCAGACCUCCUGGAUCGAGCCCCGUCCCGAAUCCAGAGCAGGACACCAGGUGUAGCGGUAGACUCUCCGAUUGAGAAGAGAGAGAAGAGGCAGAGAUGCUGGAAAACCCUACACCUGCAGCUCAGCCUGAUUCCACCGCCGUCAUCAAGCGCUAUGCUCCUCCCAAUCAAAGAAAUCGUUCUCUUAACAGGCGCAAAUCAGGAGACCGGUAUGAUCGAAGUAGCAGUCUAUAUGCAACUGAUGUGGAUAAGAAUCCACAGCAUGCCCCUCCAAGAAAUCUUCCAAUUGUUGAUCAUGGUGAUGUUGGGAGCAGCAAUCUCCUGAAUGAGAAGCCUCGUCCAGGCUUAAUCUUUUUAGAGGGGUGCUGCCGCAGUGAGGCUUCCCAGCUUUUGAAUGAUCGUUGGGCACAGGCAAUGCAUAAUUGCAAUGAUGUAUCCAUAGAUUUAUCUGAAAGGCCGGUUAUGUAUUCAGGAAGUAGUGCAUCAGCGUGGGGACACAUAAGACUUCCUCAUCAGUUUAUAUCUUCAGCAAAUACCGGUGGACUCUCCGGUUCACAGAUGGACUUCUUAAGUGAACUUCGCGGCGCAAUUCGGAAUGCCAGUGCCAGUUCAGACAAUUAACUGUCUCACAUCUCUACUCAAAGGAUGAAUGCUGUCUCAAUCUGAGAAUGUCUGAUGCUGGGAGAGCUGGUGCUCAGGAGUAAGGAUUUACCUGUUCUAUUGUGUUAAACUCAAAAUCAGCUACUUUGUUGAAAAAAAAAAGUGAUUUAUUGACUAAGUGUAUGCUACUUAAGUAUAGAAUUUGUUCUGUAUGCGAACAAAAAUCAAUCCCUUCUGUUGUAUUUUAUUGAAUUAAUUAAAUUAGUACUACUACUAUCCA